AUGGACGACGAUUUUUAUUCUACUGAUGCUUCGGAUACACCCGCAAAUCUGCUGUCCGCUUGGACGUAUGCUCUUCCAGCUCCCUCAAGUAUGCUCAUGACCAUUCUACUUGCUUUUUUAGCUGUCAUACUUGCUACUCGAUAUUUGAGUGAACGGCCUUCCAAGCUGGUCGACAGUGGAAAUGGAAGAACGGUUGGCAUAUUGCCGUACUGGCUACCCUUCAUAGGUCACGGGUUCUCUUUGGACCUGAGCCCUCAUGGCAUCUUUGCACUGAAUCUUGGUGCCACUACCUACAAUGUCAGUAACCUGUUAGCACAAAAAGACUCUGCUGUGCAUUUUCAAUCUAUUGCCUGGAUCGUUGUCCAAAAGUUCUUUGGCGUACCAAAACGAUCUAAAGCCAAAUACUUCAAGAAUUGGGAGGAGUUUAAUACAUACUUUAUCUUCCUGAUGAAGGAGCCACAUCUAAGUAACACGCUCAAAGCAACCACCAAAAAUCUCGAAAGGAAUAUUCCUCAGAUGUUGACUUUCGUCGAUACCGAGGUAGAUUUACAGCCAUGGGAACGAUUCGGGAAAGCGACUUAUAUUUCAGACUCAGAGACAGAGGUCAAUCUCAUGGCUCUCAUGCGAGAUAUGCUUGGCCAUGCUUCAGUUCCUGCUUUCUUCGGGCGUGCACUUUUAGAUAAGUAUCCAGAACUUCUGCAUGAUGUCUAUGACUUCGACAAGGGGACAUAUUUCUUCUUAGCUGGUCUGCCGGCAUGGACUCCAUGGCCAGCUUCUGCUAGAGCUCACACAGCUCGUUUCCGUUUGUGGCAAGCUUUAGACGACCAUCAGAGAGCUCUCGAUGCAACAGCCGAAGGGAAACCAGUUGACCCUUCUUGGGGAGAUCUGGACGAUGUGAGUGAAUUGAUAAUGAAGAGAAACAAGUUGUUCAGAGGUAAAUUGAAUAUCCUUCCGUGCAUUUGCACAACAGAUGAAAGAUUUGAGGUGAAAGAGAGGGCAGAUCUCAGUAUUCUCUGGGCCCUAGUCGUGAAUGCAAACUUGGUGGUCUAUUGGCAGAUUCUCAACAUUCUGGCCCAACCCGGACUCUUGGAUAGGAUACGAGCUGAGAUCUCGCCGUACGCUACAGUUUCUAAACCUUUCUCGAUCGGCACUAUUUCUGAAGCCCCUAAACUCACUAUCUCUCACGACGCACUAUCAAAAGAUUGUCCCCUUCUUAGAUCUACAUACCUGGAAUGUCUCAGAUUGUUCAACCAACCUUGGUCAGUUCGUCAGAUUGCUACAGACGUUACCAUCACCGGAGAUAAGAAAGCUUCAAAUCCGGUAUCGUUCGUGAUGCAUGAAGGAGAAUACGUUACAUUACCGCAUGACUUGCACAUGAGAGAUCCGAAAUACUUCAAAGACCCUAUGGCAUUUGAUCCAGAGAGGUUUAUCGUGCACAACGAUGAUGGUUCAUUAUCCACUAACGUCGGUACUAUUCGACCAUAUGGCGGAGGACCCUCGAUGUGCAAAGGCCGGGUCUAUGCAGAAAAGGAGUGCUUAACGCUCGUGGCUGGCGUGCUAGCUUUCUGGGAUCUUGAGCCAGCAGACAAGAGAGCAGGGUGGGAGAUUCCAGAACAGGUGAAGACGUCUGCUGUCUCCAAGCCAGUGCAUGAUACGAGAGUGAGGAUCAAACGAAGGAAGUUUGACUGGGAAUUGUAA